UACUUAAAGCAAAAUUAAUAUGAAACCAGUAGAUAUCUAACGAAAAGAAGCAUUAAAUGAUUCACCAAAUGAACUUUGUUUAUCAGCAAUCUUGUGUUUGUAAAAUAUGUGUGCAUCAGUGUGUUAUGGAUUACUCAUUAUUUCCCCUUGACCUCUAGCGCGGGAAUAAAUUACUUGGGUGCUCCAUUAUUCAGUUCAGUCGCAGGAGCGUCGGACGUCGCGCUCUCGCUCCCAACAUGAAGCUUCCGCUACUAGUUGUGUUUACAUUCAUACUAAUAUCGCAAAUAGAAAACAGUGAGUGCCGACAGAUCUCAUGGUUCCCAAACGUUAUAGACAGUAUAUCAAAUAAAACGAAUCAAAUAUCAAACUACGUGCGCGAAAAAGGACGAACAUUGAAGCACUUUUACGUUGAAAAUGUACGAAACAAGAUCACUUCAUACCUUGGUAUGGACAACAGCGAUUCAAACAACAUCGAAAAGCCUGAAGACAGACAAUCGAGAAUGAACAAAAAAUUCAAGAACAUCGUCGUAGAAGCAGAGUCCUCAGAGAAUAAUAUAUUUGACACCAUAGCGCCUGCUGCAGUGGAUUAUAAGUGCACGAAUGAUGACCCCAUGAUCCACAUGAGUACUCCGCAACUGAUUGCUGCCCAUGGUUACCCAGCCGAAUCCCACACUGUUGUGACAGACGACGGAUACAUCCUGACCAUACAUAGGAUACCACGUUCCAAAAACGCUGCAAAUAAAGUAAUCCCUAGGAAAACAGUGCUAAUGCAUCACGGUUUGCUCGGAAGCUCUGCUGAUUGGGUUCUAGCAGGCCCUCAAAAGGGUCUGGGUUAUAUUCUAUCUGAAGCCGGUUACGAUGUGUGGUUAGCUAACGUCAGAGGAAAUACUUACUCGCGAGCUCAUAUUUCAAGAGACAUAGAUUCAUUUGAGUUCUGGAAUUUCACAUUCCACGACGUAAGCCAACAUGAUCUUCCUGCCGUUAUAGACUACAUUAUGGAGGUGAAAGGGUUGGAUACAAAAAUUAAUUACAUCGGACAUUCUAUGGGGACCACAGUGUUAUUCGCUCUAUUAUCAACAAAAACCCAAUACAACAAAAUAUUAAGAGCUGGGUUCGCUUUGGCGCCAGUCGCGUACAUGACAGACAUAAAAAGCCCGAUAAAACUUCUAGCAAAGUACAGCGAUAACAUAGAGUAUCUAAUGAAGCUACUCGGGGCUAAUGAGUUCCUUCCUCAAAACGCAGUUCUGAGGUGGUUAUCAAAACAUGCUUGUGAGAUAAAUCAUUACGAGGAAGCGAUAUGUGAAAAUUCCAUGUUUGUUUUGUGUGGACAUGAUGAGCGGCAAUUUAAUAGAUCAUUGUUGCCAAUAAUUUUGGGGCACGUGCCAGCGGGUGCGUCUACGAAAACUCUAGUGCACUACGCUCAGGAGAUCAAACAGAAUGGCAAGUUCCAACAAUUUGACUUUGGGCCUGAAGAUAAUUUGAAAGUGUAUGGUACGGCGACUCCACCUGAAUAUGCGUUGCACAAAAUUACGUUGCCAAUCGCUUUGUUCAGUUCGGAGAAUGAUUGGUUAGCUGGUGAUGUCGAUGUGGCCAACUUAUACGUGAAGCUGGUGAACCCUAUUGAACAUUACAUAGUGCCAUUGAAGGAAUUCAAUCACAUAGACUUUUUGUGGGCUGUUGACGCGCCAACCCUUGUUUACACAAAAUUGCUGGAACUGUUAGAGGAGGGUGUUAGAAAGUCUGUGGAUGACGACGUGAUAAAUAAUAAUCUAUUAGAUGAUUAAGG